AUGGUGUCGCUGGGGGACCAGUGCCCUCCGUCGGGCAGGGCCGGGGACCUGGCGGCGCUCUCGGAGCUGGACGAGGCGGCGCUGCUGUCCGGGCUGCGGGAGCGCUUCCUCAGCCAGCACAUCUACACCGACGUCGGGGACAUCCUCGUCGCCGUGAACCCCUUCCAGCCGCUGCCGCUGUACGGCAGAGAGGUCUCCGAGCGGUACCAGGGGCUCCAGACCGACUCGCUGCCGCCCCACAUCUUCGCCGUGGCCGGCCGCGCCUACCACGCCAUGCUGGGCCGGCGGGGCGGCGGGCCCCGCAACCAGUGCAUCCUCGUCAGUGGAGAGAGUGGUGCAGGGAAGACAGAGAGUGCAAAGCUAUUGUUGCAGCAGAUAAUGAACCUGUGCAAAGGCAACUCGCAGCUGGAGCAGCAGAUCCUUCAGGUGAAUCCAUUGCUGGAAGCUUUUGGCAAUGCCCAGACUGUGAUGAAUGACAACAGCAGCCGCUUUGGAAAAUACAUACAGCUGCGUUUCCAGAAAAAUACAGUGCGAGGUGCAAAGCUGAGUGAGUACCUGUUAGAGAAGUCACGGGUGGUGCAUCAAGAUGCUGGGGAGAGGAAUUUCCAUAUCUUCUACUACAUGUUUGCUGGACUGUCUUCAGAGGAGAAGGAGAUGUAUGGGUUACUGGAUCCUUCACUCUACAGGUACGUAAGUGGACAGUUUGGUACUCAGGAUGUAGCUCAGCGCUGGAAGGACAAAUACCAAGAGGUGUGCAAUGCCCUUGACAUGGUGGGAUUCCAAGAACAGGAGCAAGUGGACAUGCAGGCUAUCCUGGCUGGUGUGUUGUCUCUGGGCAAUGUGACUUUUGAUCCUGAGGAGAGCAAUGGGCCUGUAAAAGUCAGUGAAGCCUCCCAGGGAUGGCUGAAAGCUGCAGCGGGCCAGUUUGGAGUCCAGGAAGAUGAACUGUUAAAAUGCCUUAUUUGUACGAUGUCAGUGACCCGAGGGGAGCAGAUCCAGCGUUUUCACACCCAGCAGCAGGCAGAAGAUGCCCGGGACUCCAUUGCUAAGAUGGUGUACGGCCGAGUGUUUGGCUGGAUCGUUGGCAAGAUCAAUGAGCUGCUGGCUGAGAACGUGGAUCCUGAGGUGGAGCUGAGGGAGAUAGGCAUCUUGGAUAUCUUUGGGUUUGAAAACUUUGCAGUGAACCGUUUUGAACAGCUUUGCAUAAACUUGGCCAAUGAGCAGCUGCAGCACUUCUUCAACCACCACAUUUUCCAUAUUGAGCAGGCUGCCUAUAAGGAAGAAGGGCUGCCUUGGGAGACUAUCACAUUCAGCAAUAAUGAACCUGUUCUGAAUCUGUUCCUGGCCAAGCCACUUGGGCUUCUGUCUCUUCUGGAUGAGCAGAGUGCAUUCCCUCAGGCAACUGAUAAGACCUUUGUGGAUAAACUAAACAGCAGCUUCAAAAGCAAUGUACACUUCCAGGCAGCCCGAGGCCAUGUUUUGGGCUUCAGCAUCACUCACUAUGCUGGGAAAGUACAAUAUGCUGCCAGGGGCUUUCUAGAGAAGAACAGAGACACCUUGCCAGCCAACGUUCGUGGGCUCUUCAUCAGCAGCGUCACCCCCUUGCUCAGUGUGCUGUUCACAGGCAAGUCCCUCUGCACACCCAUCAUGAACCAAGGCCCACCUUGGCAAGAGUUCAGUGUGGGGAUGAGGCUCAUGUGCUAAGAGU